GGGAGGGGCGGUCCGUUUCCGGCGCGGGUAGACUGGCUAUGGCGCUGCUGCGAGGUGUAUUUAUUGUUUCAGCCAAGCGAACCCCUUUUGGGGCUUAUGGAGGCUGGCUCAAAGAUUUCACAGCCACUGACCUGUCUGAGUAUGCUGCUCGUGCUGCACUAUCUGCUGGGAAAGUCUCUCCUGAGAUCAUUGAUAGUGUCAUCGUUGGCAAUGUCAUGCAGAGCUCUGCAGAUGCAGCUUAUAUUGCAAGACAUGUUGGUCUGCGUGUGGGAGUUCCUGUCCCAGUUCCAGCCCUCACUGUCAACAGACUCUGUGGCUCUGGUUUCCAGUCUAUCGCCAGUGGAUGUCAGGAGAUUUGCCUUAAUGAGUCAGAAGUGGUUCUUUGUGGUGGAACAGAAAAUAUGAGCCAAGCUCCUUAUGCUGUUCGAAACAUUCGAUUUGGAACAAAAUUCGGAGUGGAUCUUAAGAUGGAAGACACUUUAUGGGCGGGCCUAACAGACCUACACAUUAAAACUGCUAUGGGAGUUACAGCAGAAAAUCUAGCUGCAAAACAUAACAUCACACGAGAGGACUGUGACCGAUAUGCAUUGAAAACGCAACAGAGAUGGAAAGCGGCUCAAGACGCUGGUUAUUUUAACGCUGAGAUGGCACCUAUUGAAGUGAAAACGAAGAAAGGAAAAGAGAGCGUGGCUCAGGAUGAGCAUCCAAGACCCCAGACUACCCUGGAACAGUUGGGAAAGCUCCCAACCGUCUUUAAGAAAGAUGGGACUGUCACUGCUGGAAACGCUUCGGGUGUGUGUGACGGGGCUGGUGCAGUCAUCAUUGCCAGUGAAGGAGCACUUGAAAAGCACAGUCUUACUCCACUGGCUAGAAUAGUAGCCUACCAUGUGUCUGGAUGUGACCCCAACAUCAUGGGCAUUGGCCCGGUGCCUGCCAUUACUGAAGCUCUGAAGAAAACAGGACUGUCCCUUGAAGACAUGGAUUUGGUGGAGGUCAAUGAGGCCUUUGCUCCCCAGUACUUGGCAGUGGAAAAAGUUUUGGGUCUAGACCCUGAAAAAACUAAUGUCAGUGGAGGUGCCAUUGCUCUAGGUCAUCCCUUGGGAGCAUCAGGAUCAAGGAUCACUGUUCAUUUGGUUCAUGAAUUAAGGCGUCGUGGUGGCAAAUAUGCAGUUGGGUCAGCUUGCAUUGGAGGCGGCCAAGGUAUUGCUGUCAUCAUUGAGAACAUUGCCUAAGAGAGAAUUUGGAAACUUUGGUGUUCUGUUUUGCAACUAAGUCCUAAACAGCUGCUACAUCCUCUUCAAGCAAAGGAAAGACAGGAAAAGUGGAAAGAGAUCACAUUGUGUUACAAACACGGAGCGUCACUACCAAGUUUGAUCUGGUGACAAUUCCGCAAGAUGAAAAGGCUGAAAAUUCUGUUUUCAGAACAGAGUGACUUGAGUUAUUCUUCAUAGACAAUUAAGUGUAAUGCCAAUAUAACCUCACUUUUUAAAAAAUAUUUCUAUAAACUCCUUCCCACUGAAUUAAACUUUGUGUCUAAAUGCAAAAUUCUCCUUACUGCUUAAGAAAAUAAUGUCUGCCUGUUGGUCACCGAACCUGCCUUAUAAUGAAAUGUGUGGCAUAGCAAUGCCAAAUCUGCCUUGGAGUCUCUCUCUAAAUAAGUUUCCUACUGCGUACCAGUAAAUGGGACUUUGGACUAUUUGACGUUUCCAUCAAACCCUGUACUACCGACUAGAAUGAGAACUGUGAAAGCUCUGUUGUGCCUCGCAAUAGAACAAUAAAAAUUAUACUGAAGUA